AUGAAAGAUUUUUUUUGGGAAAUUGGUGGUUAUCAAUAUUAUUAUCAAUAUAAUGAAAAUAAUUAUAAAUCAAGUUUAAAAAGAAAAAGAAUUUCUGAUAAACUUGAACAAGAUUUUAUCAAUUUAGCUAAUUAUAAUAAAUUAUACAAAACUGAAAUUAUAAGUUUUGCAUUUAGUCACACAAAAAAAUUAAUUGGAUAUGAAAUUUCACAAUAUUCUGGAGAUUCAAAAUUAAAAUUUAAAUAUGUAAAUGGAACAGAAUUAAAUGAUGAAUUGAUAGUUAAUUCAAUUACGGAGUAUGCUUUUGUUUUCAAUGAUACAGGUUUUAUUUAUUCUAAAUAUCCUUUUUAUACGUUUUUAAAUGGAAAAAUCCAUACAGAAAAAAGAAAUCAUUCAUUAUACUUUCAUAGAUUUGGAACAAAACAAGAAAAUGAUAUACUAAUAGUUCCAACUGGAUUAGAUGAAAAUACAGUUUUAAGAGCAAAAGUAUCAAAUGAUGGAAAUUAUUUAUUAGUAAAAUUUCAUAAUACUCUAAACGAUACAACUGCUUUAUUCUUUUAUAAUCUUCAAAGUGUAACUAAUUUUUAUACUAAAAUAAUUCUUAGUCCUUUAAUUGGUAACUAUGAUGCAUAUUAUGAUUUUUAUGAUUCAUUCGAAUCUAACAUUAUUUUUUUUACAAAUAAUAAAACCUACAAUGGUAGUAUUUUAAUUGCACAACUUCCAAAAUUAUAUAAAUCUUUACAAUUACCUCAAAUAUUUAUUAAAGAAGAAAAAGAUUUAUAUAUAAAAAAUAUUAUUCCUGUUGGAAAAGAGUAUUUGGUAUUAAUUUGUAUUAAAAAUGCAUUAAAUUAUUUAAAAAUUUAUAACAAAUAUACUAAAAUGUUUUUAAAAAAAAUCGAUGUUGGUAAAGGAGUCAUUGAAGAUGAACAUGGAGAUACAAGUAGUUAUAACUUUUACUUUUUAUUUAAUAAUAUAUAUACACCAAGAGCUAUAUAUAAAAUUAAUUUAAAUGUAAUUAAAAAUAAAAAAAAGAUAAAAGCAGAAAAAAUAUUUCAAUCUAAAUUUAAUACUUUAAUUACUGAUAAUUUUAUUAUAAAGAGAGAAUACUAUAAAGGUAAAGAUGGUAAGAGAAUACCCAUGUUAUUGUUUCAUAGUAAACAAUUACAUCUAAAUAAAAAAAAUCCUGUAAUUGUAGAAGCUUAUGGUGACAUAAGUGCUUCAUGGCAUUCACAAUAUUCAUUAGCUAAAAUGUUAUUUGUACAAAAUUUUAAAGGUAUUUGGUGUAUUCCUGGUAUAAGAGGUAUAGAAGGUUUAAAUAAUAAGUGGACUUCUGAUGGAAGAAAACUUAAAAGAAAAAACAGUUUUGAAGACUUUAUUUAUGGUAUAAAUUAUUUAAUAAAAAAAAAGUAUACUAUACCAAGUAAAAUUGCUAUUUAUGGUGAAGGUGAAGGCGGUCUAUUGACAACUGUCGUUUCACAACGAGAACCAAAGCUUAUUGGAGCUGUUGUAGCAAAAUCACCAUUAUUAGAUACAAUACGAUUUGACAAACUAACUCAUAAUAAAAAUUUACUCAAAAAACUGUAUGGUAACUUAAAUAAAAAAAAAGAAUAUUUAAAUUUAUAUUCGUUUUCACCAUAUCAUCAAUUAAAAUAUAAAAAAUAUUGUGUUAAUCAAUGGCCAAGUACUUUGAUACUUGCACCUUUUUUUGAUAACGUUUAUGGUGUCCAACAUACAACAAAGUUUUUAGCUAAAUUGUAUGAAAUUAUUAGAAAAAAUAAAAAAUCACAUCAAACAAAUCCAGUUAUUGCAUCUAUAAUGAAUCAUGGUGGUUCUCAUGAUAAAAAUAGAACUGGUGACAUACAAGUGAAUGAAUUAUAUAGAAUGCUUCUUUUCCUUCAGCAAGUAUUAGAUUUAAAGUUUAAAAAAUAA